AUGAGUGUCUGUUAUCGAGGUGGUGGUUCUCUUUCGAGGUAUAGCUUUUUUAGAAGGACCAACAGUGGCAUCAGUUACAAGUUUCCAGCUAGUCCUCCUUCAGUUGCUGAUAAUCAAGCAUGGUUAGAACAUUUAUAUCAGAUGGAACACUCACCAUCCCAUUUUGAUGAUGUAUCUAGCAGUCGUUCUAAUGCGUUCACUGAAUUUAUAAAUUUUAGUUCUGAAUUCCCAUAUCAGGUUACGUCAAUUCCACCAGAUUCGAAGUAUAUUAAUGUCAAGGCAUCUCUAAAUAAUUUCACCAAUGUCAAUUAUCUUCAUAAUUCUAAGAACAAACUUCAACAAGGUGGGUUUGUUGAUACAAGAAUCAUUAAAUGUAGUAGUGGGCAAGGUGGUAAUGGUGUUGUCUCUUUUUACAGGGAUGCUGGUAGAGCAAUUGGUCCUCCAGAUGGCGGUGAUGGUGGUGAUGGUGGCUCUAUAUAUGUUCAAGCUGUUGAAGGUAUGAACUCAUUGGCCAAGUUGAAAAGUAGCUACUUGGCUUCAGAAGGUUCUGAUGGUGCUGGUGACCAGUUACAUGGUGCAAGAGGAAGAGAUAUUUUGAUUAAGGUUCCUGUCGGGACAGUAAUACGUUGGUGCCUGGAUCCAGGUGUGGUAAGAGCGUUACUAAGGGAGAGAACGCCAGAAGAAAAAGAGUUGCCUUUAAAGUCAUUUUUACAAUCUUGCCAGAAAGAAAUACAGUGUGUUGGUAAGAGAAAAUUCGAUAAGGUGCCUGAACAUAUUCAACUAUUUAGAAGUUCAUAUAAACCAGGAGAAGGUUGGCUAUUUAAGGGAAAACCGGAUGAAUAUCAUAACGGCAAAGACUGGUUCAAGGAUCUUAACAGAAAAGUGAAGGCUUAUGAUUAUUCAUUGGGAAAAUCUGAGUUGAACAAUGAUAGGUUCCCUAUAUUUGGAAUAGACUUGGAUAAACCAAUGAAUAAACCAUUAUGUCUUUUGAAAGGUGGUAAAGGUGGCCUUGGUAAUAUGCAUUUCUUAACACAGGUAAUUAGAAAUCCAAGAUUUGCUAAAAGUGGUAGAGACGGACUGAGCGAAUAUUUUCUGUUUGAAUUAAAGACAAUCGCUGACCUGGGUUUAGUCGGUCUUCCAAACGCCGGUAAAUCGACUAUAUUGAAUAGAAUUUCAAAUUCCAAACCCAGAAUUGGCCAUUGGAAGUUCACCACUUUGUUUCCAACAGUAGGAACAAUUUCUCUCGGAAUCGAUAAACCUUCUUUUACUGUAGCUGAUAUUCCUGGAAUAAUUGAAGGCGCAUCUCAAGAUAAAGGUAUGGGUCUGGAAUUUAUUAGACAUAUAGAAAGAUCCACUGGUUGGGUCAUGGUAAUCAGUUUGGAAGAAGAUGAACCAUUGAACCAACUUCAUACGUUGAUUAAUGAAUUGGGUGGACCAGAAAAAAUUAAGAAAAAAAAUAUCCUUGUUGUCUGUAAUAAAGCUGACAUUGCAGCUAAUGAUCCUAAUUCAAUCCAGAAGUACCUCAAUAUAAAAGAAUACUGUGACAGUAAAGGCUGGGAUUCCAUACCCAUAAGUGCGUUGAAUAACGAAAAUAUUGACGAAUUGAUAUUCAAAAUGUCAGAAUGUGCCAAAAGACCAAAUCCUCAAUCAUAG